UUCGGCUGUGCUGCUGUGCUGUUUUCGGUCGGUUUCGGUUUGUUCGUUAGAAUUUUGCUCUUGCUUUCUCGUUUUGUUAAAGUUGAACAUGAAUUAAGACUUUAAUUUUGAGAGUUCUUAACGUAUUAGUCAUUACUUCAAUUGUUUUUAUUAAGUUUUUAUAACACUGCUUAAGAUUUUAUAAGGAGCUAAAAUGGCUCUAAAUCCAGCUUAUGAAGCUAUUGGCAAGGGGUUUGUUCAGCAAUAUUAUUUGCUUUUUGAUGACCCUGCCCAAAGACCGAAUUUGGUGAACAUGUAUAACGCAGAAACAUCCUUCAUGACAUUUGAAGGUAUGCAGCUGCAAGGAUCGAUGAAGAUAAUGGAAAAACUAAAUAGCUUAUCGUUCCAAAAAAUAAACAGAAUCAUCACAGCGGUGGAUUCACAGCCUAUGUUCGAUGGAGGAGUUCUGAUCAACGUUUUAGGACGGUUGCAGACGGACGAAGACCCGCCACACGCGUACAGUCAAAUAUUCGUUUUGAAACCAAUCGGCACAAGUUUCUACGUCCAACACGAUAUAUUCAGGCUGGCGCUACACGAUUCACUCUAGCCUCCCGGCUGAAUGGCAGACGACGAUCCCCCGCAUCCGUUCUCGCAGGUGUUUGUGUUGAAGCCUCUCAACAACUCGUUUUACUGCCAACACGACAUCUUCCGUCUGGGGAUCCACGACUCUGCCUAGAGACUAAACUGUGAACUAACCGCCAUUUAUGACAGUGAAUUGUAUUUUUCCGCAAGUCGCAUUUCCACAUGUUUCUUUAUUUUAAUUCACAUUGAAAAUGUAAAUAAUAGACUAAGCCGUCGCCAAUUCUUUAUCUUCCCAAUAAAAUUGCUUAUUAUGUAUUUUGCUAUAUUUUGAUAAUCCUGGAAUGUUUUGCAACUAAGUAAUAUAAUAAACUUUUUUCUGUUUUGA